GAGAAGGCAGCAAACGGGGAAACAGGCAACGGCUUUGCUGAAGCGUUUUACUAGCAAGAGCCGGGUCUAUUGUGCGUCUCCUUCAGCCUGCCAGGAGAUGAAUGGCAGGAGGCAAUACAGAUCUUGUGCCAUGGCAGGGCUUGGCCCCUUGAAUGCCAAGCUGGGAUCCUGAGUACACAUGGCUCAGCGACAGGAGGAAUAAAGCAGCAGAUCGGGGCAUACUGCAGGACUUCUUGCCGUCUCUUUGUUAUCGCUAUUUCCCCUCAGCGUUAUGGGCAGAGGUUUUGUGCAAUGAAUGUUGCCUCCAAAGCUUUUCUCCGAGCGAAUAUGGGCACAGCUGUAUCCAAAAGGAAGACUCUGAGGAAUGAUGCUAUGUCUUCUGUAGCAGCGAAAGUUAGGGCAGCAAGGGCUUUUGGAGAGUAUCUUUCACAAAACCACCCUGAGGGCAGAAAUGGCUCAGAUCACCUGUUAGCGGACUCCUAUAUUGGACAGGAAGACUCCCCUGAGAUGCAGCAGGCAGCUCAGAACAAGCGCAGGCUGUCCGUCAUCUCAGAUGGCAAGUUUGAGAGAAGCUUCUCUGAGGAGCAGGCCGAGAAGAUCCCGAGCGAGGGGCCGAACGCACGGGUGUAUACUAUCUCCGGUGAGAGGCCGAUGCUGUCAGACCACGAGAACGAGAGCAUGGAAUUGGUGGUGAUGAAAGGCCCUGGCCGAGAGGACUGCCACCAUGGCCAGCCUCUGCAGAGCGCUGGCAGCUCUCACAACAUUAGCAGGCAUUGCAAAGGCUGGGCAGGCCGUCGGCAGGGCUCCAAGGAGUGCCCAACCUGUGCUCAGUUGGCAGCCCACUCCCAGCACUCCUUUGACCUGGAGCAGCACCAGUCCAGCGAGACAGGAUGGCGUAGGAAAAAACUGGAGAGGAUGUAUAGUAUUGAUCGAGUGUCUGAUGAUGUCCCCAUACGGACCUGGUUCCCCAAGGAGAACCUCUUCAGUUUUCAAACUGCUACUACAACUAUGCAAGCGGCAUUCAGGGGCUACGCAGAGAGGAAGAGACGGAAACGAGAAAAUGAUUCGGCAGCUGUUAUUCAGAGGAAUUUUCGGAAGCAUUUGCGCAUGGUGGGGAGCCGCCGGGUGAAAGCGCAACCAUUUGGUGAGCGGCGAGAGAGAAGCUUCAGCAGGUCUUGGAGCGACCCAACUCCCAUCAAAGCUGAUUCCUUCCAUGACUCUCGAGAAAGCCAUGAUCUUCAGGACUACUGCUGUGCUCUGGAUGAUGACUUUGACUUGAACUGGGAAACAGAGAAGGAACUUGAAGCUAUGGCAUGUGAUGGAGAUGACUUUAUUCCACCCAAAAUAAUGCUUAUUUCUUCCAAGGUCCCCAAAGCUGAGUACAUCCCAACGAUUAUCCGCAGGGAUGACCCCUCCAUCAUCCCCAUUCUCUACGAUCAUGAACACGCCACCUUUGAAGAUAUUCUAGAGGAAAUAGAGAAGAAGCUUAACAUUUAUCGGAAAGGCUGCAAGAUUUGGAAGAUGCUGAUUUUCUGUCAGGGAGGUCCUGGCCACUUAUAUUUGUUGAAGAAUAAAGUUGCCACCUUUGCCAAAGUGGAGAAGGAGGAAGAUAUGAUCCUCUUCUGGAAGCGGCUGAGCCGAUUGAUGAGCAAAAUCAACCCUGAGCCAAAUGUCAUUCACAUCAUGGGCUGCUACGUUCUGGGAAACCCCAAUGGGGAGAAGCUAUUUCAGAAUCUGAAAAACCUAAUGAAUCCUUAUAGAGUUGUCUUUGAGUCACCACUGGAACUUUCAGCUCAAGGGAAGCAAAUGAUUGAAACUUACUUUGACUUCCGUCUUUACCGCCUCUGGAAGACUCGCCAGCAUUCCAAACUGUUGGAUUACGAUGACAUUUUAUGAGCUGGAGAAGCCAUUGCAUGAGGAGAGUGAUCACCAGUAUCUCACAAGUCAUGCUUGUGGCAGAGACUUUUUUCAUUGGCACGGGGAGCCCUGCAGGAGGCAGCAGUGCUGAAGGGAUGGAAGGAAGGGCUGUCGGGACGAAAGGCUUUUGGGUAAAGACAGAGGCUUGAAGGGGAAUGGUGUGACUCCGCAGACACUGCCCGCAGAGCCUUUGUCUCUCAGAGGGAGCUGUGUCAAAUGGGAAAUUUCCUUGCAGGACUGAGCUGUUUCAGGUCAUGAUGGGCCAGAAUCAAUUCCAGGUCCUUUUAAAGACAUUUAAAGCUCAGGUUUUCUUAUAAAAAAGUAAAACAAAUAAUCCUUGCACUAUAGUAAAGCAGCGACUUGAAGCCCAGAGCGGGAAGGGCAUUGUACUGAUGGGCGCUCCCCAGCAGCGAUCUUUGCUGUGCUAGGGAUGUUGGAAGGCAAGGAACGCCAUACUUAAUCCUGCAAGCUUUGACCGGCAAAGUUCAGCAACCUAAUGUCAAUACACAUUGAAAUACAGAAUUAGAGUUUAACGUAUUUUGGUUUAAUAGAAAAUAAGUGCAAUUUUUUUACACAGAGGGGAAAACCCCUCCCAAUAUUUAAUUAGUUACAAAUAACACAUCAGUAAUCAAUAGAUGAGGUAUUUUUUAGUCUGCUUGAAAAUAUAUUCGAGAUCGUAAUAUAUCUUCUGUAGACAUAUUUAAUCACCAGCAAUAUGAUUUUAAUGUUACUUAGCAGACCCUGCAUGUCUGCUGCAUUGAUCAGUCCUGUUUGGUUUUGGUUUUAUCUUUAAUUUCAGAGUAGCUGUGUUACACUAAUUGUAUGUGUUCUUAUGAAUGUAUUUUGCACCUCCAGUCAGACACAACUUUGUUACUUUAUCUUUGCUACUUGCAAAACUGUAUGGUUUUAGUUUUGCUGAAAGUUUAGAUAAGUUUAGAUUAGAAAUACAGUACAUGACUGAGUGGAAUCUUGGUCAAUUUCAUUAAGAUAUAACAAUGAAGUAGAAAUUAAUAGCCAUGUUAAUUGUUCACUCAGUAUAUUGCUACAUUUUAGAAAGAUGAGCUCUUCUUGCAGACUGCAGGAUGGAACAGAAGUUUAUUUGAGAAUGAGAAAUCCUCCGAGGAGGUUUAGGUGUUUGAAUUAAUAGAAUGAAAUACUUCUUGACGUAAGUAGCAUUGGUUAGUAGCAUUUUGAAUCUUUCCCACAUUCAUCUAGUUGCCAGUUUUUUCCAGCAAUCUAUUGAGCCGUUUGUAGUUCUCAGCUUUCCCUUCCAAAUCCUCUUUGUCUGAGACAAACCGCUUAUAUAGCUCUCAUUUGUGAGCAGCUAUGGUUUUCGAAUCUGGAUUUGUGCUGAAUAUCUUUUAAGAUAUUCCAUAGUAUAUCCUUACUUUUUUUAGUCUUCUAGUCUCCUGAAAGUCUAGGGGCUAAAUAUUACUGUAGUCUGCACAGGUCACCCUGGCCAUUUGGGGUGAUUAUACCCUUUCUCUUUCAGAGAGGUAAAAUAUACAGGAGAAUAACCAUGGAGGGUUAGUUUGGGCUCCUGGUGUGUUCAUUUCUAAAAGUACCUGGCUGUGCAGUGCAGAAAAAAAAUAUGUAUAAACCUUCUUUUGAAUCAUAAAAAAAAAAGAUUAGUUCUGAUCUGUGGAAAAUCCCCUUUCUCUUUCCUGCCCCAUGUGUUGUUGUAAUACUAGGGAGCAGGCCACCUGCUAAAACUGCUGACCCAUGUACAUUAAUGACCUUUUAUGUCAAAUUUUUAUGAAAUAAUCCACGUACAGUUAGUAGUGGGGGAGAGGGAGAGCCCGUUUCCGAUCAUUAGAAAUCACCAUGCCGAAGCAAAUAGUUCAUCAAUAGCUGUUUGCAAAUGACAUGGCCCCAGCUUUCGAGAAAGGUGAGCAUGUUGCUCUGCUUCUCCAGGCAGCCAUCAGGAUGCUCUGCUAGCUGCUGGUCAUUGGGGGCGCAAUUCUUUUUCUAGUUGAUUUAUGCUCAGAUUUUCAGACUAAAAGGAUUCUUGGCAUCACUACGGUGGCUUUGGAAGAAAAUGUCAUUGCACAUUUUUUUAAAGCUAUAUGUCACUGAACUAGCAUUUGGCAUGUGAUCACCUCUCUGCUACAUCAGGAGGAGGUGUGAGUUGGAUAUUCUACGACAGCCUAGAAAUGAAAUGACAGUGACAGCAUUAAGAUGUUGACACAAAAACGCAUCCAUAUUUGAUUCUGUCACUUUCCAGUUUGCUUUCAUGAUUUGGGUUGUUGCUUACAAUGUUAAGUGAAGAAUGAUAAACUGCUCUCUCAUCUCAAGUAAAGCCCCACUUCAGUGAAUGUGAUAGCAUAAAUGUAGCAUUGUGAAAAUACUAUGUCACUAGGAAAGGGCCUUUAAUAUAUACACUUUGGUAAUUUAUCUGUAUAACUAUUGUAUAUCUAUUAUGAUUGAGCUCUUCUAGAACUAGAGUUGCAGUAGAAAGGUAGACUGUACAGUUGCAUAACCUAUCCUAUACGGAGAUGUGAGUUUGAAUGACUAUUUCAGACUGUUUUACUGGUCCAAUUGACUGUAUAGUGUAGUAUAUUGAAAAUAAUGAAUGCAUUUCUCUCUUUUCCAAAGAUCUAUCCCAUGUAGUUUUAUAUUAUUAUGACAUGAGCAGAUUCUUGUAUUUGCAGUGAUCAUUUGACUAAAGGGAUGAAAAAAUGUUCUAAAAGCUAUAAUUGGGAGGACAGUAUGGGGAUUUUAUACCUCCUGCCUAUCAACUAUUUAAAGCCUUUUGUGCUAAUAUCACUUUGCAAGUUAAUUUUGAAAGGAAGAAAUUGUGUUUUCAUCCACUUCUAGCUGGCUGAUCCUUUAGAAUGCCUGAUGGAACAGGAAGGAGUCAGCAGGGUGUAAGAUGAAGAAAAACUUUGUAGCUAUUUAGGCCUUAGAGGAAAACACAUAGAAUGUGACAUCUUCCACUGGAACCAACAUGUCAGCAGUUACACACAAUGGGGCCUGCAUUCAUCAGUCAGUAUAUCAUAUGCACACAAGGUAAAAUCCAUCCUAUGCAGAGGGACAGCCUCAGUUCUAUGCGUCAUUUCAAGCCCACCUAAGCUCUAUGGAAUGGGCUUUGGGUAGUGCAUAGGCCUUGUACUGUCAUGCUCUGUUGUGUACUCAUUACGGCAUGAUGAGAUACCAGAGGUACGUUUACUGACUGAUGUGCGCAUCCUAGAGUGUGUCAUUGCACCUAUAAAAUGGUUCUUUUCAGUUUAAAAUUUUUUUUAGCUAUAAAGCUGUAUUAAGCCAUGCAAUCUGUUCCCCAAAUUAGUCCCCUCUCUAACAGUACUCUUAUUUAUAAUUGCUAUUUGAAACUUUUGGUGGAGCCCACUUCUAAUAAAUGUAGUGCAACUCUGUUUAUAGUGGUUUCAGAGUAGCAGCUGUGUUAGUCUGUAUCUGCAAAAAGAAUUAGGAGUAUUUGUGGCACCUUAGAGACUAACACAUUUAUUUGAGCAUAAGCUUUCGUGGGCUACAGCCCACUUCAUCGGAUGUAUAGAAUGGAACAUAUAGUGAGGAGAUAUAUAAAUACAUACAGAACAUGAAAAGGUGGAAGUAGCCAGACCAACUCUAAGAGGCUAAUUAAUUAAGAUGAGCUAUUGUCAGCAGGAGAAAAAAAACUUUUGUAGUGAUAAUCAAGACGGCCCAUUUUAGACAGUUUGGCAAGAAGGUGUGAGGAUAUUUAACAUGGGGAAAUAGAUUCAAUGUGUGUAAUAGCUCAGCCAUUCCCAGUCUCUAUUUAACCCUAAAUUGAUAGUAUUUAGUUUGCAUAUUAAUUGAAGUUCAGCAGUUUCUCGUUGGAGUCUGUUUUUGAAGCUUUUCUGUUGCAAAAUUGCCACCUUUAAAUCUGUUACUGAAUGGCCAGAGAGGUUGAAGUGCUCUCCUACUGGUUUUUGAAUGUUAUGAUUCCUGAUGUCAGAUUUGUGUCCUUUUAUUCUUUUGCGUAGAGACUGUCCAGUUUGGCCAAUGUACAUGGCAGAGGGGCAUUGCUGGCACAUGAUGGCAUAUAUCACAUUGGUAGAUGUGCAGGUGAACGAGCCCCUGAUGGUAUGGCUGAUGUGAUUAGGUCCUAUGAUGGUGUCAUUUGAAUAGAUAUGUGGACAGAGUUGAUAGUGGAAUCAGGUGAAAGUCCCUAAUUGCUUAGCUACUUUUCAUUUGGCUUUCAGUCCUUAAGAGCCUUGUCUACAGUGAGCUUUUUGUUAAGAUUUCCCACCAUUAUGCUACAGCAGGUCAGCUCCACCAAAGGGAGUGCGCUACUAUAGACCCAACCACAGGUAUUUUAACACCUGUUUUGACUAAAUCUGCUGUGAUCAGGGGCUGGAUGAAACAGUGGUAAAAUGCCAGCAUCCAGGUUAUUCUGGCCCUUGUUCUGUUGCUAGCACAGUGGAAAUGCACCUGGGCUAGGGCAGUGGUUGGAAAUUUUAACAAAGAUCACAUGGUAGACCCAUGGUAAACUGGGGAGACUCAUGGUAGACACAGUUUAUUGAGAACCAUCACUCCACUCUAGUGAGUUUGAGUGCAUGCAACAGUUAUCAGUUCCCAUGUAAAUGUUCAGUACAGCUUUCUAAUGGGAUUGUCAUCUCCUCCUCCUCCUCCUCUGCUCUGGCUGAGCAGGAGCAGAGAGAAGUUUGUUGGGCCCUGGAUGGAGAAGUAGGGAGGAAUCUUGCAGAAGCUGCUUCCAAUAGGAAACUAAGGCUUUGUCUACGCUAACACUUUUGCUAGGAAAACUUUUGUCAGUCAGAGGUGUGAAAAAAACAACCCCGUCCGACAUAAGUUUCACCAACAAAAGUGCAGGUGUGGACAGUGAUAUGCUGGCAGGAGACGCUCUCUUGCCGGCAUAGCUGCCACUGCUCGUUGGGGUGGUUUGAUGAUACUGGCGGGAAAGCUCUAUUGCACCAGCACAGAGUGGCUAUGUGGGAAAGCUGUGCCACUGUAAGGUCUGUAGUGUAGACAAAGCCCAAGAUACGGGUUUCCAUAGAAUGCCACUCCACUCCCACGGCAGCUACCAGCCCCCACUAGCAGGGGGUGGGGUGGUUUGGUAGGCAGGCCCUCUGUCAUUACAGUGCAACUCCACUUACAGCGAAACCAAUCAACCCCCCCAUUUUGCUGCCACAUGAGGGUUCCACUGUGCAUGAACAGGAGAGCCCACCUCACUCUGCUUCUCCCCUAUCCCUAUCCAGGGGUCUCAGGAGUAGUUUGAGCCACACCCCCUGCAGUCUUUACUCAGCCCAGCUUUGCCUCCAAGGGCUGCUGCUUCCCUGGGUGAGACUCCAGGAAUGAAUAAAUUCUUCUGGCUCGUCUCAGCCUGGGCCUCCCCUCCUGCUUGUUUGGGGCUUGUCUGAACCCAGUUCUGCCUGGUGUGAUGCUUCUUGAAAGAGAUGAUGUGUACAGUAUACAGGUGUUUUUGUAGACAGGCUGCCUCUCUCCCUGUGUGUGUGUGUGUGUGUGUGAUGCAUGUUCCCAUCUGCUCUGUUCCAUGCAGCAGAUUGCAAGAGUUCUCUUAGUGCCUUCUUGGCCUCUCCAGCGUAACUGUCCAGUCACAGAAUGAUGAUGUGUCUCCAGAGAAGGCAAACCCGAAGACACAUCCACAAACUCCUCUUCUUAACUCAGCCUAACUAAUACAGGGCCUCCAAUACAGGGGUCCAAUACAGGGUGGCUUGUUGCACAAAAAUGAACCCUUCUAGGUCACUAUAACAGGAAUGGCAUUGGCAGGAGUUGCCAGAACCAUGCCUCAGAGAUUUUCGAGGAAGUCCCUUCCCAGAUCACAAAUCGAUUUAUUUUGAGGAUGCUGGGUAAAAUCCUCUCUAAAUGACUCCCUCCCCCCCCACACAUGCGUUCAGAUGAGUUGCAUCAAUAUAAAUGGGAGCACCUUCUUGCCUAGUGUUGGCUGAGGUCUAUUUUGAAUCAGUUUCCCAUCAGUUAAACAAAAAUUACAGGAGGCAAAGAUCACUGAAAACAAAUAUAGAUUGGCACUAAAUUAGAGUAGCACAUGCACAUAUGAUCCCAGAAACAGUCUAUUCAUUUUGUCCCUGCCUUGCCUCUUAAAAGAAUUGUUUAACUCUAGGAGCGUUCGUGAUCAGAAUCAGAAUGUCCUUCAUUCAAACCCUGCUGGCUGGACUUGUUAUAGGAGGCCUGGACUGAUGCAGCGAAAAUCUGCUGAAGCCUAGGUUUGUUGCAGCUUCAAAGCAUUAAAGCAGGGAGUUCGCCUGCUGGGAGACAGGCGGCCAGGGGCCUACAGCCUUCGAUUUGGGGGUCUGAAUGAGACACCAUUGUCCAGUAUGAAUUUUCCUCCAACUGUUCUGUUGGAUGAGGAAGUGCAAGCCAACGGCAAUUGGAAACCAGUGCACCCACAGCUAUGGGUCAGUCUGACUGCUGAUAGCUUUGUCUGGCUCCUGGGAGUUUAAUGCAUACAUAUGAGACUUAGAGAUGAGAAGCCUGAUUUUGAUCUCAGUUACACCACUGUAAACCUGCUGUGAAACCAGUGAUGUUAAGUAGUGUGAGAUUGGAGUCAGGGCCCAGGGUAUAAAAACUAGAGCGCAAUCUCUUACCGGUGCUGGGGAGAGACAACUGGAAGUUUUGAUUCAAACAUAUGAUACAUGGGAGAGAAUUUGUGAAAUAGUGAAUUUAGAGGUGAAAAUAAUGGAUAUUAAAUUCUAAGAACCCAUGUGAAGGGAAAUUAAAUGGCUUUUUCCUUAAAUAUUUAGUAAAUGUCAGAGUUAAAAGAUAAUGAUUGCUAUUACACUGCUUUUAAAAUAUAUUUUAAAAUUGACAGAUGAAAGGAAAAACAUCUAUGGGUCUCUUACCUUUGGUAAGUGAUGUUACCAUUCUGUUAGCACUCUAGCCUUUCUUCCUUAUGUUCUGUGUUGCAAAGUGGUGGUGUCUUUAACUGGUCCCAGUAUUUGACUGGUCCCUCUGCAGCUGGGGCCCUGUCCAACUCUCACUAAAGUAAUUGGAAGUCUCUCCAUCAACUUCAAUGGGAGCUGUGUCGGGGUUUCUGUAACAUGAAAACUUUUGCAUAGAACCUCAAGCAGCUGCUGGAGAGGAUUUUUUAAUCGUGUACAACUGUGAGCCCUUCAUGAGACUCCCAGUUCCUUCUGGAGUUUAUAUAGCAAUAAUGUGCCCAUCUCUCCUCCACUGUUCCCACUCCCCAUGUGAUAUACAUGUUUUUUCGGCUUUUGAAUGUAACCUUUCGCCUACGGCUGUGCAAAUCAAUUUGUGGAGUUCUACUGAUGUACCCUGCGCUCUCCCUAGGGGGAGGAAAGUUCAGUGUUAUUGCAUUGACGGGCCUUUGGCAAUUGGCUUUAAAUCCUUCUGGCCUCUGGCUCCGGGGAAGAGCACAUGGCUGGAGUUGGGAUUCACAAACCAUUGAAUAGAAGAUGGGGGAGCUGGAGUUUUGACUCAAACUCCAAAGACCGAGGUUGCAUCUCCCUUCAAACAUCCUGCUUACUCUUAAAUGAGGCAGAGCAGGGGGUUUCAAGGGAUACCACCCCAGAGAUUAAUCCUCAAAUUUGAGAUGUCAUAAAAACAUCCUAAAUUAGUGUAGAAGAGGAGGGCUUUUGGUGACUAGGGAGAAUUACACACAUACAUCUAUAUAAAUAAGUUAGUGCAUGUAUACACACCCAUGGAAUCAUGCCAUUGUUUCUUGUACCCAAUUAUUUCCCUCAAAACCAUGCACUGGUUUGUUAUCAGAGCUGCUAGCACAGCCUGGAUUCCUGGAAUUGAUUUUCCUUAAAGGAAAAAAGCCCCAAGCACUGAUUAGAAAAAAACAUACAGAAUCACAGAUCUACAAAGCAAAGAGAGAGUAAUAGUAGCUCAUGUCCUUUUAUAUUUGUGUAUAUCUGUUAGGAAUAUGGGGGAGAUGGGCAAAUUACCUUUCUCCCAAUAGGAAGGAGAAAAAGUAAAUACAACUGGCAGCAUUAAUGAAAACAACAAAAUCUAAUAUAUAACCAUUACUUGACAAUGCCAUGCAAAAGAACACAUGUAUAGGGCCCAAUUCUGUAAAGGGCACUCCGCACAAAACUCCCACUGAUUUCCAUGGGAGUUGAGGGCACUCAGCUUCUUGCAAAAAUCAAGCCUUUCCCGAGGAGGAGUGUAUGUAUCCAACUUCACACAUUGUGUGGCCUCCUCAGCACUGCUCUGAACAAAGCAGAUGGCAGUAGCUGAGGAUUCCAUUUCAGCAGGCAGGCAAUAUUUUGGCGGGAGGAACAAUCUUUCCUUUCCCCAUCCCAUUUCAACUGGAAAUUAUAGUUGGCUCAGUCCCAUGCAGAGUGCUCCAAACUCUUCAUCCCAAAUUUCCAAAAACGGCCACUGCUACUCUCGAGUGCCCAACGUGACAGCUCAGGUGCACAAGUUGGCUACAGAAGAUCUGAAGCACUCAAAAUUAGUGGAGAGUUCGGAAGUGUGGGUCUUGCCUCUGUGGGGGAUUUGAGCUGCGUUUCAGGGCAGAUCUGCUAAAAGGCUGAAAGAAGAAUCUUUCUGAGCAUUCCCCCGCACCGCCCAAACCUUAAAUGCCGUUUGCGAUUGGUUACAGUGGUCUCCUUCCAGGUGAGAUUUGCUGUGACGUGGGCUAGAUCUACCCUAUCCACUGGAUACGUUCACACAUUUCUUUGAGAUGAUUUGCUGCUUUGUGUAUGAUAACCAUGUUUCAAAUACAUUAAAGUUUAUAGGUUUUAAGAUGUGAUUUAAUAAAAACUGACAUUUUGG